AUGCCUUUCAACACGCUAUCGGUCGCCUCAGCAGUGACCCCAUCAGUCAUUGAGACAUACUUUUCACAUUAUCUAAACCGCGGCCCUCUACGGCAGAAGCCCACGGCACACAUUUCCUACCACGAAGGCUUGCGGCUGAUCCGUCAGUUCCUUGACUACUCAUCACGGCACUCGGUCGAGGAGCUGCAAGCCUUCACCACGCAAUGGGUUCCUGCGCCAACAUGGGUGCGCACCUACGAUCUAGAAGUCGCACCGCAAUUCCUGGAACGAGCGGCGAAGAUUUUGCACACCCAUCUAGGCCGACGGGAUCUGGAAAAGAUUGGUGGUAAGACGUGGUGGCAGUGGAGACGGCCUGAGGCUCCUCUACGAGCAGAAUGGAUAGAAAUGAAAAAGGACUUCAAUGAGCGGAAACGGGCGGGGACGAAGUGCGACAGGUGUAUACUGUACGUUCAUGGUGGUGCAUAUUACUUCGGCUCGGUGGACGAACAUCGAUAUCAGAUGCAACGGCAUGCGCGAAAGUUGAAGGCGAGGAUAUUGGCUCCGAGGUACAGGCUUGCACCACAGUUUCCAUUUCCCUGCGGGUUGCAGGACUGCAUCUCGACCUAUCUCUACCUGCUUGAGCACUUCCGGCCAGAACAGAUCCUGUUUGCUGGAGACUCUGCCGGUGGUGGGAUGGUUCUGAGCUUGCUGGUCAUACUACGCGAUCAAGGUCUUCCACUCCCAGCAGGCACGAUAUUACUAUCACCCUGGGUGGACUUGACACAUUCAUUCCCCUCGGUAGCUGGAGAUGGCGCAGGCGACUAUAUCCCACCCCAUGGCUUUCAUCACAAGCCUUCGAUGGCAUGGCCUCCGCCGCCCAGCGACCAGACAAAGAAGCGAGCACGCACUUUCAUGGACGCUGCACCAUCAGAUGCAGUUGAAUUGCCGGCAAUUGCUGAACCCAGGAAGAAGAAGCGGAAACAGAAGAGAGGCAACGAGGAUGUGAGCGACGAGGAAGAGGAGGAAGACGUAACCCCAGCUAUGGCGCAAGCGAAAGCGCCAAUGCAUCCUACUCUGCCUGACUUUGGCGACGACCUCAGCGUCAUGUUAGAUGGCACGGAGAUCAAGCUCAAAGAGCAGCUCCAGCUCUAUGCGCCGAACGAUUUGCUUGCCCAUCCAUUGGUCUCUCCGGUCUUGCAGCCCACACUAGGUGGUUUGCCACCAAUGCUCAUACAAGUCGGAGGUGCAGAGCUCUUACGUGAUGAGCAGAUAUACCUGGCCCACAAGGCAGCAAGUCCGCAUGGAUACCUGCCAAGCCAAGCGAUCAUGCGCGAAUAUGAUCCGCGACGGCAGCAGCUCAAUCAGUAUCCGGCGACUGAUGUUCAGCUGCAGGUCUGGGACGACUUGUGUCAUGUUCCGCACACUCUGUCCUUCACACGACCUGCAAAAUACAUGUAUCGCUCUGUUGCACAAUUUGGUGCAUGGGCAUUAGCGCACGCGCAGCACCGGGGCGUCGAGAUUCGAGAUAAUGAUGACAAUGUAUCGAUUAUCAGCUCUGGCGCUGAAGACGAAGGUGAUGCCUCUAAUGCCUCGACAACAGAUCUGACGAGAAAAAAGACGGCCAAGCCUGACGAGAAGGAUUCGGUAGGCGCAGUGGGUCGGGCUGGUGAUCCUUUGCCACCCUUCAAGGAUCACAUGAUUCGGCAGCGCGUCACGCGACAUGGUGCUCUCUAUAACCUGGCACCUGAGGCAGAAAUCGCCUGCUUGGCUCUGGAUCCGGCGAGUAUCGGCACAAUCAAGCCUGGACCUGUUCGCAAAUGGCUAUCGAAGAGGAGAGACAACGAUGUAAAGUUCGCAAACGACUUGAAGAAGCUCCAGAAGAAGAAGGCGAAGGAGCUUGCGCAGGGCUACGAUGAUAUUCCAGGUGAGACGCCACCCCCGACUGCACUUGUGAACAGGAGGAAGAAAGGUGUGGCACCUGAGGAGAAGAAGAAGCAGAAGAAUUGGGGUUUGGCUAUGUGGUCUGGCUGGGGUAGCAGUCACGAUGAGAGCACACUCAAGCGAGAGGAGAAGCUUGACAAGGAGAACGAGGCUGCAAGGCAGACGAGCAUGCAAAGCACGAGACCAGAUGGCCGACCUGGAAGUAAGGCCUCGAAUAUGCCACCUCCUAGUAUCUUACAAGGAGCCAACACGCUUGUUGUGCCUGGUUCUAGAAACGGCGCUGCGUCAUCAGAUGGUUCGACCAAGAAGCGGAGAACGAGUAGUGUGUCCUUAUGGUCCGCGCCAUGGUCGCAGAAGCAGGUUGUUGAAGAUCAGAGGCCAAGGAGCUCGAAUCGGCAAGUCAUGGAUACUGGACAGGCUGGUAGGAGCGCCGCUGGAAAUGGAAGUGCGAAUCUUGCUGGGUACAGCAGACGGUCAUCCAUGUCAAAUCAAUCUUUCGCAUCACGACCAACGAGCGUUGCUGUGCCGAACGCAGGAGAAGCGAAUCCUGCUAGUCUGCGCGUUCCUGGCACACAGAAUACGUACUUGGCUCCGGGCGGUAAUCGACCACAUGAUGGCAUCAAUGCCUUUCCGUUCAGACUACGAAGUCCAGCUUCAAAUCCUUCGGUGGCUACACUUGACAGUGGCGCGCCGAGCUCGACGAAUGGUGAUGGUGUUAGCAUUGCGGCUGUGGAGAUGCCUACACACACGGAUGAUCAUAUUGAGAUGCCAACUCCUGCUGAUGAGCAUGUUGAGAUGCCAGCGGAGCCAUACAGAGUGCCUACGCGAAGCGAUCGACCUUCACCAAUUGAGGACCCUGUCUCUGCUGUAUCGCGGACUACUGAGUCGCCAUUCACCGACAUUGUCAGUCCGGUCGAGCAGUCAUCUAGAAGUGCAGUACCAGCUAGACUGCAGACUCCACCGCAGGCACUGCCAUUGCCCUUCGCAGGCCGUCCCGCCAUCUUCGACAAUAGAUCUUCCGUGCUAGGUGCUCUUGGCGCAGACGGUAUGCCAAUCACACCGAUGAUGGCUAAGCAGCGCGCUCCAGAGAUACCUCGUUCAGUACCCACGAAGACUCCGCAACCACCACCAACAGUAUUCACGACUGCAGCUGCACCGUCAAAUUCAACCAGGAGGGCUAUGACACCGGAGGUUGACUCUGAGCAGGGCACGCCAGUGACGCCCAUCGAUGCGCAACAAGAAGCUUUGUUUAAGAUCCGCAGUCAAGCAACAUCUGACCCUACCAUCACGGCGCCUACGCCGGAGGGUUCGGUAAGGGCUGAUGAUUCCCUGCCCGUCACUCCUGUAGAUGGACAGAGUACGGCGCCUUUCAAGAUUCGCAAUCCAGUAUACGAUCCGCGUGCUGCACAGACGCCGACACCACCCCUGGUCGCUGCAGUAAGCAACGGCUCUACGGCAACAGCAUCCGAGUCGCCUGAAGAGAGCAGGCCAUCGCCUGAGCAGGUGCUUGCGAAGAAGCCAGGUGAGGCUACAGAUGCCACGAAAUCUGCGCCGUUCAAGCUCCGACAUACUGUCUAUGACCCGGCUGCACCAAUUGGCGGAACAUCCAGUAAGCAGCAACAGGAGCCGGCAGUUCCAGCAUUACCACCUACCAGUAGCGAAGGACAACGCCAGACACUCUCAUCAUCGCCAGAACAGGAAAGAGCACUUCCUGAUGCUCGCAAGGUAGCUGAAAGAGCUAUGACACCGUCGGCUGCUGAGCUGCCACCCGGUACGAACAUCGUCAUGCCCACGCUUGUCUCGCGACGGCCCAUGAUGAUGCAGACAGACGACUCUCCACCGCCUGCUCCUCCGCCCAAGGAUGACGCACCUCUGCCUCUCACCAUCGGCAACGGCUUUGGGAAGCCUGACUGGCUAGCCCGCAAACGUAGCAGAGAGCUGCUCGCCAACCUCAGCGGAGCAGGACGCAAGAGCCCAAGCCCAGUAUCUGAUCUGCUCAGUAUGGAUCGCAAGACCCCUGCUGCUACUACCACUAAUCCACAACAGAAUCGAGUGGAGAAUCUGAUGGGGAAGCCUACUAGUAAGUUCUCUACGAUUACGAGCAUGAGUCCGAAAAAGAGCGGUGCUGGCGAGAUUACUGGGCAGGGAGCACCUGAUCUGGGUGAGCUACUUAAGUUUGAUUUUGAGAAGCGCGAUGCUGGUCGGGAGGUGGCAGCGUUGAAGAGGCCGGGGUUGGAGACCUUUGUUACUGCUUCUGAGGGGCAGUUAAAGAGGAAUUGA